AUGGGGCUCCCUGGGGCUACAGCACAAGCUUUCACCUUUCUGCUGAUCCUGCUGGGAGAGCAACUUGCGGCCUCCACCUUCAAAAUCUGUGCUUUCAACAUCCGCAGUUUUGGGAAGGCCAAAGCUGCAAACCAGAAGGUCAUGGGAGCCCUGGUGCAGAUCCUCUCUCGCUGUGAUAUCUCGGCUGUGCAAGAGGUCCGUGACUCCAAAGGCUCAGCGAUCCGCAUGCUGCUGCGGGAGAUGAACAGGCAUGAUUCUUCCCAUCACUACGGCUUCCUGGAGAGCAAGAGGCUUGGGCGCGGCAGCUACAAGGAGCAGAAUGUCUUUGUGUACCGGACGGAUGUGGUCUCCGUUACUGACUGGUGCCAGCUUGGGGAAGACGAUUCCAGAGCCUUUGAGGCCUUCGCGAGGGAACCUUUUGCUGCCCGCUUCCAUUCUCCAACCACAGUUGUCUCAGACUUUGUGCUGCUCCUACAUCAUGCCAGUCCUCGGGAAGCUGUCCGUGAACUUGACCUGCUCUUUGGAGUGUGCAUGGAACUGGUGCAACGCUGGAAAACCCAGAACCUGAUGGUGCUGGGAGACCUGAAUGCUGCUGGGACUUACAUCUCAGCAAGAGCCUGGGCCAGGAUCCGCUUACGCAAUCACCUCGCCUUCCACUGGCUCAUCGGUGAUAAGGAAGACACCACUGUCAGCCACCGGACUUGCUGUGCCUAUGACAGGAUCAUCGUUCAUGGAGAAGAGCUGCUUGGUGCUGUUGUGCCCAGGUCAGCUAAGCCCUUCAAUUUCACCCAAGCACUGGGACUCUCAGAAGAAGAGGCCCUAGAAAUCAGUGACCACUACCCCGUGGAGGUGAAUCUGCGGCUAGCACCAAAGGCCCAGCGAGAGCUCUGAGUCCUCAGCCACCCUUCCUUCAGAGUUCUGAACAUGAAGCGAGAAUAAGGAGAGGAGAAAUGAAGACAAUCUCCUGCUACCUCCUUGGGGCACGUGAAGACCAUUUGUUAAGAAACAGCGUCUGCUUGUGAAGGAUGCCAUGUGGAAGAUCAGACCGCCUGGGGAAAGGGAUCAGUCCGGCGUCAAGGCUGAGGUGACACCUAUAUGCACACAGCAGGGGAAGGAAAAUGAAAGAAGCUACUAAGAAAGAAAGGCUUUCUACAG